AUGGAUGAUCCAAAUGCUGAUACCGAAUGGAACGACAUUCUUCGUGCUCGAGGAAUUCUUCCUCCAAAAGAGGGUCCAACCGAAGAAGAUAUACUAGAAGCCAUGGACCAAGCUAUUAUGGAAAAACAAGAUAAACAUCUAGAGGACAAAACAUUAGAUGAGUUAGAUGAAUUGGAAGACGAAGAGGAUGAACGUGUAUUAUUGGAAUAUAGACAGAAAAGGAUAGCUGAAAUGAAAGCUGAAGCUUUACGUUCUAAAUUUGGUGAGGUAAUUCAAAUAUCUAAACCUGAUUUCAUAAGAGAAGUCACCGAUGCUAGUAAAGAAGUUUGGGUGGUAGUACAUUUAUUUAAAGAUUCUAUACCAGAGUGUAAACUUAUGAAUGCACACCUGGCUACUCUUGCUGCAAAGUAUAAGGCGACAAAAUUUAUAAAGAUAAUUGGCGAUCAAUGCAUACCAAAUUAUCCAGAUAAAAAUUUACCGACUUUGUUGAUUUAUGGUGAAGGAGACAUGACAUUGCAGUUGGUUGGAUUAGCCGAAUUAGGAGGAUUAAACAUGAGCCUCGAGAGUCUUGAAAACUAUUUAAUUUCUUCAGGAGCUAUCAAUGUCGAUUAA